AUGAAGAUUCCAAUAUCUGCAAUGUACAUAUUGUAUGUACUAACUCUUCUAAUAGCAAUGACUAGUUUUUCUUAUGUACCACAUAUUGAUCUAAGCAUAUGUUCAAAUGUGUCUAACGGAGAGCCUCUAGAGUGUUGUCCAAAUUAUCAAAUAGUCGGAAUCUCAUGCCAAGAAUAUUUUGCCGGAUUUCGAGGAGUAAACUGUAUAUUGGAUUGUGCUAAGGGGUUUUAUGGAAGACUUUGUAGAGAGGAGUGUUCCUGUGAUCCAUGUGAUAAAGUCUUCGGAUGUCAAGAUAUGUCAAAUGGGUACAAGUACAGUACAGCUUCGGAACAGCCAGGAAUAUGUUCCAAUAGUUCUCAAGGAUGGAACUCGACCACAAGGACGUUUUUGCUGACUAAACACGAUACUCAAAAUGACGGUAAUCUUCCCAAAAUUCUUCGCUAUAACCCAUUGCAAAGGUUAAGUGGAGUUGAAGCAUCUAAUACAACUGGUAAAGAAACAGUUUGUCCAAUUUACAGUUGUCAUGAUGAAGACCUAUUUUUUAUGACUAAAGCAAAUAAAACGGAAGAUUUUCAAGAUGUAUAUGGUCAUAUAAACCCAAAGGAUGGAUGCUAUAAUAUUCUCAAACUCAAGGUACUGGAUGAAAAAGAUGAUUUUAAUACAAAUGACUAUUUGAAACCAGAAAAGAGUGUAUCUGCAACAACAUUAACAGCAUCAAACAAUAGUAAUACCGAUGAACUUCUGUCCAAAAGAUUGAUAAAACGAGAGCAAAUGAAACACCAGAAAGAUUUAUUUCGAACACUUAAUACUUUUAAACAGAAGGACACAAAUGAACGGAAAAGGUUAAGGUACAGCUUUGUUAAAUCGACAGAACUGAUAUAAUACAGGUAAAAACUUGUCAAUGCCAGUGAUUAGUUAACUUUAAGAUAUUUGUCGCAUGAUUUGAAUUAGACGUUGCUUGUUCCAAUUUGACCACUAUUUUUUGAAAAAUAUACGACUAAAUAUAUCUCUAUUUUUCGUUCGAAUUAAGUUACUAAACCUACUGCAUGUUUAUCUUAAAACAAAAUGUCAAAAUCCUGUAUUCUCUCUCUUCCACAUUUUGUCCUAAAACACGACAAUAUAUACAUUCUCCUAGAGAAAUCAGCUCAUAAAUGUUUCAUUGCUCAAAAGCACACUUACUUGUAGAUCAUUAAUUGGCACAGCCCCUUUUACAAAAUAAAAAAAUCAAUAUAAAUUGUUAAUAUGCUAA